AUGAAACCGAGUCAUGAUCCAUUUACUGCAGAGGAGGAGAAGCGACUUAUACGCAAACUCGACUUCUGGAUUGUCCCCCUCAUGAUGGUAACAUAUACGCUGCAAAGCUACGACAAGGGUGUCAUGAGUGCUGCGACACAGUUCAAUUUCAAUGCAGAUUUGAAGCUUACCACUAUUGUCGGCUAUGAACCCAAUGGAACCCCCAUCACCAAUAACCAGAAAUACGCCAAUGCGUCGAUGAUUUUCUAUAUUGGAUACCUGGUUGGCACAUAUCCCAUGAUGUUUUUAUCACAGCGCUACUCCACAUCCCGUGUGGUAGCAUGUGCGACUUUCUUAUGGGGAGUCGUUCUCAUGUCUACGGCUGGAUGCUUCAACUAUACUGGCAUCAUGCUUAACCGUUUCUUCCUCGGAUUCCUGGAAUCGGCUGUCGCGCCCUCGUUCACCGUCUUGGUGACCUUUUGGUGGACAAGAGAGGAGCAGGCCUUGCGAACGGGAUUCUGGUACAGCUGCGUUGGCGUUGCCACGACUAUCUCUCCUCUUAUCAAUUACGGCUUGGGCCAGAUUCAUGGGUCCCUCCCUUCUUGGAAGCCCAUUUUCCUUAUCCUCGGUGCUAUCACGGUUCUGUGGUCAAUAGUUCUCUUUUUCUUCCUUCCGGAUAAUCCCAUGACCAGCAAGUACUUGACCGACGCCGAGAGGCAAAUUGCCAUUCGCCGCCUCGAAAGAAACAAUGCUGGUACCGUCAGCCAUGAAUUCAACAAGAGCCAAUUUUUCGAGGCUUUCCGCGACUACAAGCUAUACAGCUGCUUUUUCAUCGUCCUUCUUACCGGUGUGCCAUCAGGUGCUCUUGGAACUUUUGGCACCAUUGUCAUCAACGGUUUUGGCUUUGAUCACUUCGACUCUCUAGCUCUCACAUGCCCCAUCGGCGCAAUUACCGCCACCUCAAUUCUUCUUUCGGGUUACAUUACGCGUAAAUGGAAGAAUACGCGUUACCUACUCAUUGUCAUUUGCGGCUUGAUCUCUCUUUCUGGAACUCUCAUCUGUUGGUUUGGGCCUCGCAACAACAGAGGGCUGCUGUUUGCCGGCAUUUUCCUAGUUGCCGUGCAAGUUGCCUCUGGCGGUCUUGCAGUUUCUCUGGCAGCAUCAAAUAUGGCAGGACAUACUAAAAAGUCCACUGUCAGCGCGUCAACUUUCGUUGGCUACUGUGUCGGAAACGUCAUUGGCCCCGUGAUUUUCGGUGCAUCGCCGGGGCCAAUUUAUCAUGCAGGGUUUGUCGGAAGUUUUGUUUGUUUGUGCGGUGUGGUAGUCAUUGCAUCUAUAACUUUUGUUCUUCUGCGCAGAGAAAACAAGAAGCGGGAUAAGCGAUCUGGUUCGCCAAUGGGCCUGCACUCAAUUGAUGAAGAUCUUACGGAUAUGCAAAACGAAGAUUUUAGAUAUGUACUUUGA